UGGGCUGUCCAGGCGUCAGACCCGGCGGCGGCGGCGCGAUGCAGUCGCUCAACAUCACUCCGGAGCUGCUGUCCCGGCUGCUGCGGGACCACAACCUGACCCGCGAGCGCUUCAUCGCGCAGUACGGGCUGCGGCCGCUGGUGUCCGCCCCCGAGCUGCCGGCGCGCGCCAAGGUGGCCCUGGCGCUGGCCGGCGGGCUGCUCUUCGCGCUGGCGCUCUUCGGCAACGCGCUGGUGGUCUACGCGGUGGCCCGCAGCAAGGCCAUGCGCACCGCCACCAACAUCUUCAUCUGCUCGCUGGCCGUCAGCGACCUGCUCAUCGCCUUCUUCUGCAUCCCGGUCACCACGCUCCAGAACCUCUCGCACACCUGGCUGGGGGGUGCCUUCGCCUGCAAGAUGGUGCCCUUCGUCCAGUGCACGGCCGUGGUCACCGAGACCCUGACCAUGACCUGCAUCGCCGUGGAGAGGCACCACGGGCUGGCGCACCCUUUCCGGAUGAAGUGGAGCUACACCCACCGCCGGGCUUUCGCCAUGCUCGGUGUGGUGUGGCUGGUGGCGGUCGUCGUGGGGGCCCCCAUGUGGCACGUGCAGCGGCUGGAGGUGAAGUACGACUUCCUGUACGAGAAGCGGCACGUGUGCUGCCUGGAGGAGUGGGCCGGCCCCGAGCACCAGAAAGCCUACAGCACCUUCAUCCUCGUCAUCCUCUUCCUCCUGCCCCUGGGGGUGAUGCUGGGCCUGUACGGGAAGCUGGGCUACGAGCUCUGGGGCAGGAAGAGAGUGGGCGACGGCUCGGCGCUCCGGACCAUGCACGGGGGCGAGGCGUCCAAGAUGGCCAGGAAGAAGAAGCGGGCGGUCCUCAUGAUGGUGACGGUGGUGACCCUCUUUGCCGUGUGCUGGGCGCCCUUCCACGCCGUCCACAUGGCGCUCGAAUACGGCGACUUCGAGAAGGCCCACGACGAGGUCACCGUCAAGAUGACCUUGGCCGUCGUGCAGGUCAUCGGGUUCUCCAACUCCAUCUGCAACCCCAUCGUGUACGCGCUCAUGAACGAGAACUUCAGGAAGAACUUCCAGUCUGCCGUCUGCUGCUGCCUCGCGAGAGCACCCCGCUCCCCCGCACGCAGGCGGCGCGGGGCCCCGGGGCCGGCGAGGGCGUGGAGGAGAGCCAGGUGCGGCCCCCGGGAGCACGCCGUCGGGGGGGCCACGGGAGAGGCGUUCGGCGGGGGCAACCUCGAAGCCAGGCUGUGCGGCCGGCCCCAGCUGCCGCCGCCCGUCUGA